CACACAUGAAGCCGAUAAACGAACGUUAAACGUCAAAUUUUGAAUGCGAUUUGAAUUUACUCGUUGGUUUGUUAUUUUGAGCGCAAUUCGCCAAUGCAGUACGACCUCACGCAGUAGGGCAUUGCAUGCAGACGGGCUAUUGUUUAUGCGUUGUUCGUACUUUUUGUGUUCGCAUCGGCCGAGGAUCAAAUACACUUAUUUCAAUAUCGUUGUGUCUGUUUUUCUGUGUGACCGUGCAAUUCGUUCUUGUUUCAAUUAAUUUAGUGAAUUAGUUUUGUUCUGUUUGUUUCGUCUGACCAAAAAUGCAAUUUUAAGUUUUAUUUUAACUAUUUUUUUUUUUGAUGUGGUCAACAAUGAAUGGUAAGCAGCCGUUGCUAUCUCAAUGCGUCGAUAAAUGUUUGAGAUUUGUUAAUGAAGUGUUAGUUGAUGACGGUUGAUUGAAUGGAUGAGUGUAUUAAAAGCGGACAAAAUAAUUGUUGCACGCGUUAUCAUUUUGGGAAAAAUGUUUGUGGUUAAUUAAUUUGUGGCGCAUGUUCGAAUUGCGGCCACAUUUUUUCGGCGAACAAAACAUAAAAAGUGAGCAAAGUUUUUGCUUGCGUGCCUUGGAAUACGAUCGUUUUAUUUUUGGUUAGUGUAGAUGCGCUAUAGAACGAGCGUUGUUGCCUGUGUGUGUAGUACUUUCCAUUUAAUUGUGGCUCGACUCCUCUAUAUACUCCGUUGUGCACUGUGCCACCACGGCAAUGACGACAACAACAAUAAACAGGCCACAAAAUCCUGUCAUUUAAAUGUGUGGUGCUGUGAAGGCAAAAUACGCGAGAAAUACGCGACUUAACUGGAAAUCAUAAAAAAUGGGUUGUCUGCAUACUUGUGCAUAUGCAUCGAACGUGCAUGCGCGAUUGCCUUAUAUAUAAAAUGUUCCUUUUUGAUACGCGCAUGCACAUUGUUGUAUAUAAAAUGCCGAGUUAUUCGCGACGGCACACGAAUCUGUGGCCGUGCGGACCAAAGUGAAAGAAUGAGAAACAGAACGAAAAGAGAAAACGCGGAUGAUGGAAGAAAAAAAAACCAGCACGAGCCACACAUGCUUCACAAUGAAGCAUGAGGUAGAUUUGGCAUUCGAUAUAUUCGCCGCUCACGUACACACUCUCACUCAAUGUAUUUCGUCUGGUCGGGCACGGUCACAAACUACACAUCAUUCCAUUUUAUUUGGUCUUCGUCCACUCGUUUCGACCGGUCACAUAAUGAACAAUAUAAACAAACUUGAUUAGUGUUUUUAUGCGAUUUUUGUCAAGCCGAAACAUUGAGCGAAAGACGAAUGAGCGAACACAGUUAGGCGCAAAAGAAGAAAAAAAACCCAAGCACAUCGAAAUAAAAAUCAAGAGGCCAAAAGAAAAACGAAAAAGGCUUUAAACAACAAAUCGGUAAACUUGAUUUUGCACGUUCUUCUUUUUAAAUAUUCUCGCUCGGCCAUUAUGUUAUGUGGCACUUUUUCGUGAAUAAUCGUCAUCAUUAACUGAUGCCAUUGAUAUCCUCGCACUCGCGCGCGCACGCACAGCCAUCACAAGAGUUCAAUGAUUUAGCGCGAUACAUCCACAGUAUUUUGUUUUGCAUGUGUUCGCCACUUUCUUGUUUUAAGUUUAUGCAAAAUCCAAUUGAAAAAAAAAUUGAGGAGAAGAGAGAAUAUGAUGGAUAUGAAGAAAGAAAACACGUUGAAACAAGUGAAUAGCGAAAAAAUGUUAACGUUUUUUUCCCUUCAUUUCACAUUAAUUGGUCUAUGAAUAGAAACCAGAAGCUCUAAUGCCCAGAACAUGACGACGUGCUCAUUGUCAUUUCAGAAGCAAAGUGGUGACGAUAUUACGCUUGAACAGCAACAUUAACUGAAACAUUUUAUUUGUUUGCGCGCACCAACACGAUUUUCAAUACAAUUCUUCUAACCAAGUUGUAACCGUGAAAGUCGUUAUUAUACAAUUAAUUUCAAUUGCAAAUCGGUUUAGAACCAGUGAUUUGUGUUGCAAUUGAGAAGAUCAAAUGUGAUACAAUCAACAUAUAGAGAGAUAUAUGGACCAGUAUUUGAUGAAACGUUAUGUAAAAAAAUACUUUACCAUCAAAACAUAUCCAAACAUUGCAUACGAUCGAUCUGAGUUAGUUGUAAUACAAAAACGGUAGCAAUCAAACGUUUCCCUUCUCAUAAGUGCGUAUAAUAUUUCAUAUUUUUAUUAGUUUGAUUGAAAGUCAUAACUGUGUGAUGAAAAAAUAGAUUUGUCAGAAUAUUGGGACCAGAGUGUUAGUCAAAUGAAUGUGAGAUCAGCCGCACAACAGAAGAGAAUUAGUUAAAAUUGAGUUUCAUUGAUUCCAAUUUCGAUGGCCUGUGAUUGUGCUGCGUACGAUAUGGUGUGUAUGUGUGCUUGUGUACUUUUUUCGUCUGUUUGAUCCAGUAUGACGCGUAAUAUCCGCAUUCGUAUUUUCAGUAUACGGGCUAUUUAAUUGACCUCAAUACAAAGGCAUUUUGGUGUAGUUUUACGUCAACGGUUAUUUUUCGGAUGAGGCAACAAGAUUUAACUAUGUCUGGAAAUUAACACCGUUUUUUUGCGCCAACAACAAAAACCGAAUGAAAAAAACGUCGAGCUCCAGAAAUCCGUGUUGGUAAAAUAAAACUGUGAAUUUAAAUGAAAUGCUAUUCUCAGCACAAUUUUCCAUGUAUUUAAAUGCAAAUUCCGUGCAUUUAUGCAUCGGACUCAAUGUACAAUUUAAAUGCGGUCUCCGUUUUCGAAAUAAACCCAUAAAAUAGCUUCGUUUUGAUGUCUAUUGUUUAAUGGUUUUCUGUAUCGUUUUUAUCGUAUGCGUACGAAUGGAAAUGGAAAUUUAUGCAUAUUUAUUUCCCAUUUCGAAACAAAUUUUUUCUUCUGCGCUGUGUGUCCGAUGGAUAUUUGUAAUCGAUUCGAUUUCCGAUUGCCAUCACAAAUACGCAUGAUUCAAAACAAAAAACAAUUUCACGGACUUCGACAUAAAUAAAGUAUUUUGUUUAUGGAAUAUUUUUCGCUGUCUCUCUUCAUUUUUUUCUUUUCAAAAACCAAUGAGCAUUUUUUAUUCAUCGGGGACGACACACAUGUUUUUUCUACAUUUUGCGACGCAGUUUAUAUCAACUAUGGUCAUUUUCAUGUAACAACGCGUACAAAUUAGAACACAACACUGUCUUGCAAAAAAGAGAGCGAAAAUGACGGGAUACCGUUGCUGAAAUGCGACGAUAUGGUGCGAUUAAACGAAUGUGAUAGCGUUUCAAUACGGAAUUUGAAACGAAAAUUUCAUGGAAUGUAAAAAAACUGUGUAUGCACAUCAUACAGUGAGUCGAAGUCAUUCGGUUAGUCAGCACUUCUACAGUGUGUUCCUCUCAAGUGCAUAUUCGUUUCGAAAGUAAAGUACAACAAUCGAAGAUAAAUCCUUUGCUUUAUGUAUUAUCUCAUGCCACGUUCCAUUUCGAAACGUUGCUGGCUUUGCUUUCAAAACGAACACUGUUCAAAUUUGUGUAUUUGCUUAAAUAGGAUUGAAUUUAUUCAUUGACUACUAGACGGCCAGCCAGAACGAAUAAAAUGUGAAAAAAGCGAAUAUUGACGAAAACAAAACUGUCAACGCAGUACAAACUAUAUCAAUACUAUGCAAUAAGUAGAGAUAAAUCAUAUUUUGUAUCAGCGUCUAACUAUUGUUACUGCUAUCGCUUUCGACGAUACGUGCAAGUGUCGCAUGAUUCGAUCCAAAAAUUGAAUUGAAUAAAAAACUAAUCUUGUGUAAUCCGUAUGUGUGUCGAAUAAAUAAAUCUUCUGAGACUCGGGUUCGUUCUUCAUUCAUCAGUUUUCCGUUUUUAUGCUUGAGAUAAAUGAAUGGAAAUAAAAAGGGGGAGGAAAAGACUGAUACAGAAUAAAAAUUGCAUGUGAUAAUAUUUCAUUAUUUGGUUCAUUUGUAUUCGAAAUGUAAACAGUGUGGUCCGCAUUCAAGUUAUUUUCAGCUACCUGCUCAACAGAUUUUCGUUCUGGCAUUUGUCUCUCAUUCAUCGACAGAUUAGAUAAACAAAUCUGAGUGACAGAAAAAUAUAAAAUACGACAAGCAAUUUGAAAGAGGAAGAGAAAAAUGAAAAAAAAAUUGUUUCGAAUCACAUCGAUCGAAAAUGGUGUUUCAGUUGUGGUGGAAAUCUGAAAGCAGUGACCGAUCCGUAUUUGGUUGUUACAACGUUCAAGUAUGCAUAUCCAAUUUGUUGUUCGUUCAGAAAGUCUGAAAAGGAAAGAAAAACAUGUGCAUAUAGUGCAGAAGAACAGAAGAAAAACGAGAACGGACGAUGAAAAUAAAAUUGGAAAAAGGGCAUUUUUUUCACGUAUUCAAACACUUGUUACUCUUUUUUGCUUCAAAAAGAACGUGAUGCAUGUUGGUGAUGAUCACAAAGUGUUGCAACAAAAAAAUAUGCUUUAUUACUUGUUGUUUGAAAAAAAAGGAAACAAAGAACAGAAUAGCAACAGAGUUUAAUUUUGAAAGCAGAAAAAACGCCUAUUUCGAUAAUGAACUCAAAGUACUCAGAAAAUGUAUUCGUUGAAAUGAACGAAAAUUCGAAAAUAUGCCAAAAAUGGCUGAACUGAUUGUCAAUCCGUUGUGUGAACACAUGGUCGUUCCAAAACUAAACAGACAUUUAUUUGUUUUGUAUUCCAAAUACGGCUAUCGUCUCUAUUUUGGUCGUCUAUUUUUCCCCUCUAUUGAUUACAUUGUCGACUAAAUAUGUGGUCGUGAGAGCUUGUUUGAGUAUUAAAGCAGUUUGUUGACACUUGUUCGCCACACUUGUUCCGUGAUAAAAUCUCUUGAGCCAAUAUUGAGCUUCGUCGAGUCCCCACUGAUUAAUUCAUUAGCAGCGAUUGUUGUUAAAACGUUGUCGUUCCGUCUGGUUUAUAAUUUUCCGUUUUCCCGCUAGAAGUAAAAUAUGGUUGUCGAACCAAGCGAGAGAAGAAUGGUCGGCUGUGGUGACGAUCAAGUGAAAAAUCCAAAUCCAGCCAUACUUGCGAUUUUGGAUCCAUUGCAUCGAUCUCUGUUAAACAACAAUCUGCAAUAUGACCAAGCCAGCGCAAGAGGCAAUAACGGUGACGACGAAAAAGCGUCUGUGGAAAACGAUUCGGAUGAGUAUCAUACGGCCAUAUCAACAGUCAUCACUACUGACAGCGAUGUAGUAGCAACGUCGAACAAAUUACUCGUCGACGCCAAUAAGAGUGACAGCAAAGCUAAAGGGUAUCGACAGUUGAAUCAAAUGCAUGUUGAACAACAACACCAACAACAACGAAGGAAAGCAACGACUGAUUUUGUGCAUAAAACAAACGAUACUUUUGACAGCGGCAAUCGUUUGACGGAGAAAAACAGACAAUUAAGAAAAAGUUUUGAUAAUUCAAAACAGACCUCACAACAGCACGAACAUUUGAAUGUGUUAGAUACAAAAAACAGAUGCGACACGAUCUGUAAAGCGAACGGUUCAAAUAGCACACAACAGCAACAGCAACAUCAUCGUCGCCUAGGCAAUGCGACGGCAUGGAGCAAAUCACAUGAACAAAUAACGCACAAAUUUAGUCGACGCAGCACGCGCAAUAGUUUGGAAAACAAAGCACCAUUGUCCAGUUGUUGUAAUCAGAAAGCAAACGAGGACCAUCAACACAACAUUAAUUCAAAACGAGGCUUAUGCAAACGUUUCGCAAUAACGGACUAUAGUGAUUCGAGCGAUGUAAAUAGUGAAACGAAUUUGGUCAUUGAAAACAUGCGCAAUCGUGAAUGCGAAAUGUACAGAAAGAUAUCAUUCAAUAACGGUUAUUUUGACAUGACGGACAGCAGCAGCAGCGGCAGCUACAUGCACUGCAGAAGCAAUGCGAACAGUAUUGAAACAACAUCAACGUCGCAUCACGGCAAAAACAAAAAGUGUCUGUGUAAAACGAACGAUUGGUCGAAAAAAUCACCGAAAUUUCCGGCAAAAAGAAAAUGCAGAUCAUUUCCACUCACUGAAAAUAGACAAAUUGAGCCGAAUCGACAAAUCGAACGAAAUGCUAAUUGUGAAAAUGUGAUACAGAAUGAAACAAAAUCCAGAUUAAAUUGUGCAUGUACCAAUAAUGCUGUUCAGACUCGCACUAGUGAAACCGAAACAAAUACAUACCAAACCAAUUCGCGCAAAAUUACCAUAACAAUCAGAACAAAAACGGUUCCCGAUCAAAAAACUACUAAACAACAGCAACAACCUCCACAAGUCAUCGACAAUUAUUUGACAAAUACGUGCGAAUCAAGUGAAGAGAGCGACACAACGGUCAGUGAUUAUGCGACAUUGUGUAGUGAAAGUGAUGCAAAUGCCAAACAAACGCUCGAUGGUGACAAUCAAAAUGAUUUUGAUGUUGAAUCGAUCAACGAAUCCGAAACUAAUAGUAGCAGCAGUAGUAGUGAUGACGAUGACAAUAGUUUUUUUUCAAUAAAGAGUGACAUUGAAUACCAAUCGGAAACGAGUCAAUAUUUUAAUUGCACCAGUUUUACGGACACUGAAAAUAUGCAUUUUUCAACGGAAAAAAUUCAGGUGCCGAGUGAAGAAGACGAUCAUUUGUCCGAAGAAAAUGUCGAUAUUGAAACGAGUAAGCGUAACCAAAGUGAGUUAAAUGAUAUUCAAACUACUAACGCAGUUAAACACACACAUUCCAAUAAGAGUCGUAAAGAGAGUAAAAUGGUCGCAGUGAAAAAAUCGUUGGUGCCGAUGAUAUGCAUUGAACAGGAGUUGUGCGAAAAUCGCAUCGUUACGUCGAAAAUCGAAGUAGACAAAGAAAAAAUCAAAGAAUUCAAGCGCCGCCAGAAGAAACGAACUCAGCCGAAAAUUAUCAUAGAUAGUACAUUCUCGGAGGAAAUUUUCAACGAAACAUUAAAUCGAUCGGCACAAAUUUGCUGUGAUAAAAAUGUCAUCGAUAAUAUUGUAUCGUCGCUUGAGGCUGAAAAAUGUGAACCAAACUACUACAACCAGCCAACGAAAAGUCAGAAAAAUGCCCAGAAUAUUCGAAAUAAAUUUAUCAGUGAUGAUUUUGUGUUUGAUAAACUCCAGCAAGCCAGUCCAAAGUAUACGGGCAAAUCAAUCCGACGUCUGUUAGCACAUCGCAUUGAGCAACAGUCAAUUACAAGUGUGAGACGAACACUUUUGCAGAAUGUGGCUUAUGCAAUUACCGAGAAGGAGAAAAUGCACAAACGUGAAAUGAAAAAAAUGACUGAACUGGCACCGAUCAAACCACCACGUAGUUUUACCGCAUCUUCCUCAUCGUCGCCACUUUCGAAGCAAAGUUUUGAGUCAUCCGCCACCAUUCCGAUAUCCGAAUUAAAUCGGCCAGAUCCAACAGUGAUGGGUUUUGUUAUGCCAUGCAAUAAUAAUGCACAAAAGUAUGAUGCGCCACAUGUCAGCGAAGAGACAUCGGUUCAGUUUGGAUGGGUUCGCCCUGGAAGCAUCGGGGAUAAUAACGAACCACCCACAUCUCACUACAUUACAGCCGAUCAAUUUAGCAGUUCGACACAGGACACUCAAGCUAAUUCAAUGCAAAAUAUGGGUUUUUGUAUGCCAAAAGAAGACAUCGACACCGUCGAUAGUUCGAAUCGAUCAACCAAAGAUUUUGAACGGUUUUCAGCGGUUUUAACAGAAAGCCGACAGAACAAUCUAAGCACACCAAUCAAGGAUUUUUGCAGCUCGGGCAAUAACGCCAAAUUUCGGGGCACUGAGGCACCACCAGUCACAGAUGUUCGUGUCAGCAAUCAAACAUCGAAACCAGCGGACACAUUCUGCAAGAAUUGUCAUUGUAAAGUGAAGAAAGAAAAGCCCCAACAUAUGUUUUUGGGCAAAACUGGAAAACGUAUCGGAAAGGCAGCUUUGAAGCGAACAAAAACUUUCAUUGGAACGUCAAAGAGACUUCUCACAAAACCAUCAAUAAAAGAGAGUCCAGCCAAAAAAGAGAAGAAAACCGACGAAACGAAUGAGGAAAUAUUCUCAACGCCACUCAAAGAUGGUGAUCAUACGGUUUGCAAUAAUCGUGACACAAUUUCACAGGAAAAGUGUCAGAAACGUGUGCAUAAGUCGUUGAAUUUAACGCCCAAAGAAUUGAAUCAGAAUAUCGUUGAAUUGAAUCCAAGUCCAAAGCGCACAGCCGCAGUUUCGAAUUCGAGACUGUUGACAGAUGCGGCAAAGCCAACUGAUGAUUCUGAACAGUAUGCUACGCCUGAUGAGGUAUUUGAUUUUGAUCGGGUUGUUAAUCUGCCACCUGAACAAGAGAAAAUUGCCAAACGAUCUCCAUCGAAGAUGAUUUUAAAGCUGGCAAAAUCGUCAAAGAAACUGUUUCAAAUGAAAGGCCGAGACAAGGAGAAGCAACGACGAUCGAGUACAGACGAAUCCACUCACUAUUACAAAGCAAACGAUUACGAUGAAAUUGACAAUAAAGUAUUGAUAAUGGGUGAAAUGCUAUCUGAGAUGAGGAAACGUAUUGAAAACGGUCAGGGUAGCAGCAGUAACAUCGAUGAGGACACACAUGAACGACCACCAUCCGCCAAAAAGUGCCUGUUCAGCCGAGAUCGAACCAUUUCGACAAGCAGCGGAGAUCUUUUGGAACAAGAUUCAUUAGUCGAACAAAUUGCCACAAUCGAUUUACACGACGAGCCUGAACCGUUGUACGCUGAAAUUGAAACAACACGAUCCACAAAGGUGCAAGAAACAAUGUAUCAUAGUUGCCGAGAGGAUGAGGUAAAUGCAAUCAAAAGUUGUCCAUCGGAAGCAGUUCAGCUGAAGGAAGUGUACAUAAACGAUCGUGCCAAUUCAAAGCCCAACAAAUAUAUUAUGGUAAAUAAUAACCCUAAAAUUUUAUAUGCCACUGUCAAUCGUGGUUCGAUGCAGACGAGGAGUUUGGAGACGAUUGAAUCAAGGACGGAACAAAGUGAAGAUCAAGUUGAUGGUGAAACGGAUGACAAAAAAAGUUUUCUAUUGAGCUCGAGCUAUGAGUCGCUUGACAUGAGUCUUAUAAAUGACUUUGCAACAGUUGUUCAAUCCGAAUUGGAUGAAUGCCAAUUCAAAAUGAAUGAAAUGUUUACAACGGCAACAACGAACGAUCCGGAUCAAACUAGCUACGAUGAAGUCGACGCACUCAAACAUGAUCGCAAAUCAAAUUCUGGCUCCGAAUCAAUUGCGACUAGCGAUAUGAAUAGCGGCUGCUCGUCAUUCUAUCGGAAAAGCCAGCAAAUUGUUUCCAAUCGACCGAGGAAAACUUUGAGUGACUUUGUGGAUACAUUGUCUUUUGAUACGGUCGGAACUGGCAGCUAUUGUGAAAGUUUAAGCCGAGGCAAUGACUUGAAUAGCGAAAUUAAGGAUACAAUCACGAGCUUGGAGUACAUGCCAAGUGAAAUGGGCGAUUCAACCGAUUUAUCAAAUGAUUUUGCCACAAAUAUUGCAUUCCGCAGCUGUCUAACGGAUAACAAUUCGUCGAAAGGCUCAGCCAAGUUCGUAUCAUUCAAUCGGCCUAAUUGCAACUCAUUAGGUUCUUCGCCCAGCUCAUCACGAACGUUUAGCAAGAUUGAGUCGCCAUCGAAAACAUUGCGGAAAAUGUCACCAAGCUUAAAAGCCAUUAAAACCAAAUUCCGUAAUUCGUUUCGAUUAGAUCGAAAAUCAGCUAGCAAAAACGACAGCUACGCAACCGACGGAAUCGGAUCGGAUGAAAUGAGCGAGGUGAAAUCAUGUGCAUCAACGUCGUCAAGUGGAUCAAGCGCCGAUUUGCAACGAAAGAAAUUAUUCGAAUCGAUCUGUAGCCGCUUUGAAACCAUGCCAAAUGAAAGUAUGGCAAAUGGAGCCAAAAUGAACAGUUUGAUCGAACGGAUUCGUCAGCAGCAGGAGAUGCGAAAAUCCAUUCUAAAUGCGCUGGAAGUGUGUCGAACCAAUAGUGAAUUUCAUAAUUCACGUGAGUUGGUAGAAGCCGAACAAUUGAUGCUGAUGUCAAGUCUCAAAGAGUGUUCAGCCUUGGAAAAACUGAUUGAAAUGUGGCAGAGUGAUGGCGAAACGGUUGAGAGGGUGAACGAUUUGGGCGAAGGUGUUUUAACUAUCAAAUACAUGGAAUUCGAAUUGAAGGUUGACACAAUAUUCGAUACGCAUUUCAAUUAUUUCUACUUGUGUGUUUGCUCUUAUCGCGACCAAGUGGAAUUUACCGACUCAAGGGAACGCACCGACAACCGAAUCGUAUUCAAUAACUUGAAAAUGCAAUUCCAUAAUUUAACGGCAGAUUUUGAGAUCCGUGUCGAAAUCUACGCACUGCGUCUUAGGAAAAAUGUGCCAACUGAAAAGAGUUCCGAGCCAUUCAUACCAAAAUGUGAUUCCUCACGUUUUCGUUUGCAAGGAAAAACGUUGCUCACGUCAACGAAUCUGUCGCGCAAGCACGUUUCGUCGUCGUAUCAUUCGCCACGAAAAUUACAGCGCAAUUCAAAUGGAAAGUACGUGUACACUUCAUAUGGUCUUAUAUCACCAGCCAUCGUUUUGUGUGGUCAGGGCAACACUUUGUGUGAUUCGCUCAAAAUUGGAUACCAAGAGCAACUCUACUUCCUCGAUUCCAAGGCCAAUGGUUUUCUCAACAUCGCCGAUUCAAAGCAAAAGUGGGAUCGUUUGUGGUGUCGCAUCGAUGGAUUCUCCAUGAAUUUCUGGAAUUAUCCACAAGACGUGAAUGAUACGCAAUCACCAAUUUUAACCUUGAAUCUUGACCAAUGCAACUAUCGAACAAAGUCAUUGCUUGUUGAUCGAGAAAUUUGUCCGCGACCACGAACUUUCAAAAUCGACGUUGUGCAUGCCGUUGACCCAGAAAAACGUGACCGCAACCGAUGUAUUCAAUCGUAUUUCAUUUCGGCCGAGAAUCAAUUGGAUUUAGAGCUCUGGUUAAGCGAAAUCCAGAAAAUUUUCGAAAUGAUCAAAAGCUGGAAUAUUUAAAUUAAAGAAAAAAAAACAAACUACUACUAUAAGGCUCCAAGAACACAUAUGAUUUGAAUUGAAUUCCAAUAAAAAACGAACAUUCUUCCGACUUUCAUCAUUUGAAAUUAACAUAAAUGUUAAUGGCAACGAGUGAGAAUAUCAAUUAAAACACCUUCAAUCGUGUAUGUAAUGCGUUCAUUUUAUUCUGUUUUAUUUUUCCCCAAUGUUUUCCUUUGUUUUAAUUUUUUCAAUAAAAUUUCGUAGAAGUUAAAAA